CUAAUAAUGAAUAUGACAAAAAAGAUAAAUGUUAACUUUUCAUCCCUAGUGGGUCUUAAAGCAGAACUGUUGAGAAAGCAAGCUGAAGUAAACGAAGCCAAGUUGAAAACUGAGUCUAUUAAUGCAUCACCAUUGUUAAACAAGAAAAAAAACAAGAAGAUUGUUGCAGAUAAUGUAGAAGAAAAUACCAAGAGAUCAUUGGAUUCGGAAGAUAUUGUUGCUCACAAAAAGUCAAAAUUAAUGUUGGAAGCCAAAGCGAGAUUGUACCAAAAAUUGAAGAAAUCCAAAAAUAAUAAUGAUAAAUUUCUUGUUGAUUUUGAGAAUAAAUUAGAUGAGCCUGACGAAACAUUCAUAGAUGAAACAAUUGAUAAGGAAUAUCCCACAGAGCCAGAGGAAAAUUGGGUAGAGUAUCAGGAUUGUUUUGGCCGCACGAGGAAAUGUUUACGGGAGGAUUUACCGCACAUGCAAAAGAAGGAUGAAUUGAUAAAGCAUGAAAUAAUGAAGAAACAUAUCGAUGAAAACGAAGAAAAAGAAGACAAAGAACAAUAUCCUAUUCAAGAGAAAGAACCCGAGAUAGAAAUCAUGAGAAGAAAAUGGGAGGAGCAAACGCGAAAGCUUACGGACAAGGUGGACAUACAUUAUCAAGAUGUAUUAUUUGACGAAGCACGAACGCAUGGUGUUGGUUACUAUAUGUUUUCACAAGAUGAAGACAAGAGAGUGAAGCAGCAAGAGAACCUAGCAAACUUAAGAAAGGAAACAGAGAAGAAGCAGAAGGAAAUGAAAGAAGUCAAGGAAUUGAAGGAGAGGUUGGAACAGAAUAGACUGAAGGCAGCGAAAAUUAGGCAACGUAUCAGAGCAGGCUUGUCAGCAGAGCUUACAGAAGAGGAAUUGGCCCAAGAAGACAAGUCAACUAAUUCAACUGAUAAUAUUAACCCUGAUAAAGAUGAAUCUACUGAGAAAGAUAAAGAAAACUCUAAGGAAAAAGUUAACCCUGCAUCUGCAAGUAUCAAUGAAUCUACCCAAGAAAAUAAGACUAAUGAUGAAGAUAAGAUAAGAGCUUUUGGAGAACUUUUAGACAAGAAGAAUUAUUGGCACGUGAUGUCGCAGGAAGAAUGGACGGAUAAAUGUAGAUCGCAAAGAAUUAGUGAAUUUGGGCCAGUUUAUGAUAACUUUAAAAGUGACAGAUUUCACAACAGUUCUCAGAAUAGCAAUGAACAGUUAACUCGUGAAGAAAACGAAGAACUGGAUAACACAGAGAUUUGUAAUUCCCAAGAAUCUAUUGAAGAAUCUAAUAGCAAUUUACAAAAUCGUGGAAGUAGCAAUGAUUCUGUCGAUAACGAGACAAUCCCAAUUAUAAAAGAUAUUGAUAGCAAUGGUCCGAAGGAUAAAAACGAUUCACCAGAAUAUAAUGCAGUUGAUAACUCUCCUGAAUCUUCUGAAAAUACAAUAGAACCAACAUUAAUCCCUACUGUGACUUUAUCCAACUUGUCUCAGAACCAAGCGACAAUAUCAUAUCCAUUAUCUCAUCUAUCCAAUAAUUAUUCACGAAAUGUGUGUGGAUACUCUGAGAUAAAUACGUCUGAACGACAAACUAUGGAUAUCCCUCUUCCGGGUGAAAAUAACAUUUUACCUUCAGCUUCCAGUGGUGUAACUUACACAAACAAACAAGAAUCAUUAUCACGAGAUAUAAAUGAAGAUAACAUUAUGGCAGGUCUCAAAUAUUUAAGAAAAAAAUUCGAAGCGGGUCAUAGUAAAUGGACAUAA